AUCAUUUUUUGUAUAUAGAGAUUGUGGCGACGGGCUUUGGUAUUCAAAUGCCCUGGUGGCGCUGUUGUGCCUUCAACUCUAAAUUACGGAGGUUAUCGCAGUUCUAUAUAGUUAGAGAACUUCGUUCGAGUUGUGGAAAUUUAUGCAGAGAAGAAUUUUUCCUUGUGAAUAGCUCCAAGUGUCUGUUCGUCGACAAAAACCAGAAGACCGAGGGAUACACUCAAGAACUAAAGGUUGCGCGCCCAGAAGAAGAUGACUACUCAAAGAUAGAUUCCAGUAGACCAGUCGACUAUGUUUUGGACGCGUUCCGUUCAGCGAUAGAUGCUGCACAGAAGGCUGUUCAAAGCAACCCAUUAGAUGGCCCCGAUAGUGUGAACAAGCAACGGUCACAAGCGGAGGAGAAGAAAGACGACGCAAGAAAUUUAAGUUCUUCGAGAAUUUCGCAGUCGAACUACGGAGUAGAAUCAAGUAUCUCCACUUCAUCUUCGUCUGAAGACGACAUACUAUUGCAGCUUGAUUUGAACAAGUUGAACAAAAUUGGUCUAUCACCUUGGAAAGUUUUAGACGACUUCUCACAACAGCUGGAAACAGUAGAAGCACCGAACCCCGAAAAGACUCCUAGACUGGCAGAGCCGCUGAGAAGAGUGCUGCAAGAAGAUGGAGUUGUACGAGUUGAAGAGCUACAAGAGAAUACUCAAGAAGGACUAGAUUUAUCUUCGAAGGAGGAAGGUGAUGUUCUUGAUAGAAGCUCAUUCAUCGUUGAGAAUUUUUUCAAGUAUAUUCCAGCAUCAAAAGAUCACAAGCUGCAGAGACUUGCCAAAAAUUUCAACCUACGUUAUACUGGUUCAACUUCUUCUGUAGUUCCAGUCCUAAGCAGCAUAUAUCAUGUAUUAUCAAGAUAUCGGAGGACAUCUAUCGAUGGUUUAAGUGGCGAUUUUCGUAAUUCCACGACAGCUUUUACCAGAUAUAUGUUGAAACCAGUCACUAUUAUUUUGUAUCCAGGUGGCAACGGUCUGUAUAACAUUGAUAAAGCAGAAGAGAAGCCUCCAAAAGUUGGUGUUCUUUCCGAUAUUGGGCAUUUGUUGGAGAAGCUUUUUACGCAAGAGAAUAUGUCCGUGAAGAAGCGAAUAGAUUUUUCUUCUAUUAAUAUCCCCAAUGUUCAAGACAGCGGUUCUGAAGAAAGGCCAUAUCACAAUGCUGAAUAUCGUUUCGCAAAAUUCGGCAAUUGCCUCUUUCGCGCUCAAGUUGACUGCUAUGACCCAUCUACAGAGAAAUUUUUUGACGUGAAAACUCGAGCUUUAGCAGCAAUUCGCUAUCAAAUUGAACGAUAUGAGGACUACUUGGAAAAGGAGAUUACGAAAACAACAGGCUAUGAGGACUCCUUUGAGAGAGAACUGUAUGAUAUGAUUCGCUCGGUCUUUAUCAAAUACGCUCUUCAGUUUCGAAUAGGAGGGAUGUCCGGUGCAUUUGUUUCCUUUCAUAGUAUUGGCAAGGUUUCUGGUUAUCAAUAUAUCCCGUUGGAAGAGAUUGAGAAAUAUGUCUUUGGUAAUGAAGCGUGGGCGGGGAAGUCUUUUUGUUCAUCGAUGAAAAUUUUUGAGGAUUUGUUGGACAACAUGACCCAUUGUUUUCCUGGUGAAGAUCCUAUUAGGGUAACGAUUGAUCCUUUCAGUCACACUGGAGUUUUGAACGUUUAUGUAGCCCGCCUUCGAGAAGGAGCCGCCACUCUAGAGUGGCGAAAUAUUCAAGAAUUUGCCUUUAACAAGAAAGUAGAAGAAUCACUCAAGAUUCUUCCAAAUGAUAUCAAGAAAUUUCAGGUUCAUAUCGCCACUUUUGUAAAUGCUCUUUAUUCUGGUGCACCGGUUAAUUAUACGAAAAAUGAUCAACUUCAUCUGUUGUAUUCUAUACGUGAAAUUCCAGUCUGUCUGAAUGAUUAUAUCAAAGCUUUGAGAUUGUCGCUGGGUCUUGAAGAUAUGCCCCAGUCUCGACAUUUUUCGGUUUCUGGGCUUUCUUCAACAGAAUUGGCCGAUAUAUUGGCUAGCACUUCCUUUCAAGCUUUUCAUCUUAUUAAGUAAUUUCUUCUGCAUAAUUAACUCUUGGAA